AUGGGUUUAUCUCAACCUGGUCUUAUCAACAUUCUCAUCAAGUUUCAUAAAAAAGAUGCCAACGGGGACUUGAAUCGAUCUGACAUGGCCCAUCAGACGGGAACAACAGAAUUUCAGGUGCAUAUCCAGCCCGAUCAUUGGGUUGUUCUCGAAGCCAAUUGUCAGCCAUCAAAUAGUCAAUUUCGUAUGCCAGAGUUAUCCCAUCUAGACGGUGUCCCUACCGGAAAUAUACCGGGGAUAGACGUUAGACUGAAUGAUGAACGAACCCGAGGUCUUCUUGAAACAAAUGGUCCUGCUAGCUUGACAAGACGUGGCAGGCACCCAGCUAUAGCCAAGCCGAGGGGCAAUCAACUGCAACAACUUUAUCCGCAACGCCAGCCCAUGCUGCUGCCUCAUCAGGCAACCCAUCUUUACGUCGGUCCCGAAGGUGCUGUAAUCAGUGCGGCUGGGGGUCCAAUAGGGAUGUCGGGAAAACUGCUAAUGCCACAUGUCAAGGUAUGA